UACCGAUAACAUCACCAAAUAUUUGCGUCUUUCGCUUCUUUUUUUUUUUUUUAAGGGUAUCAAUUAUCAAAUCAAAAUGGGCAAAUGUUUAAGUUGGAAGUAUUUCAGUCUGCUACUUUCCUUGCUCUUCUUCCAUUCUCAGUUCCCCUUUUCUUCUUCCUUUUCUUCAAACUCACAAUGCUCUGCUCUACUCCAUUUUAAUCACUCUCUUUCUCUCAAUAGUUCCGCUUCUCCUCCAUUGAAGUGUUUUAAUUCUUAUCCAAAGACAGGGUCUUGGAAGGAGGAUAAGGACUGCUGCACUUGGGAUGGUGUCGUCUGUGACAAUUCCACUCGCCAUGUCAUUGCCCUUGACCUUGGUUGCAGUUGGCUUUCUGGCUCCAUUCAUUCCAACAGUACCCUCUUCGUUCUUCGCCAUCUCAGGACCUUGAAUCUUGCUGGGAAUUACUUCAAUUCCUCCCUAAUUUCACCUGAGUUUGGCAAGUUUCAGAGUUUGACUCAUCUUAACUUAUCUCAUUCCCGUUUUUAUGGUGAAAUCCCAUAUGAAAUCUCCCAGUUGUCUUUGCUUGUUUCACUUGAUCUUUCUUACAAUUGGGGAUUAUUAAUCAAAACACCAGUUUGGAAAAGAGUCAUUGGUAACCUUACCCAGUUAAGGGAACUUCUUCUGGAUGAGACAAAUAUGUCCUCAAUUACACCUAGUUCUUUGAUGAAUUUAUCCUCCUCUUUGACAACUCUUAGUCUCGGUGGUUGUAGUUUGCAGGGAACACUCGAAUUAAACAUCUUCCGCCUUCCAAGUAUGCAAAUCCUUGAUCUUGGGGGAAAUAGGAAUCUUGAAGGUUCUCUUUCAAGGUCUAAUUGGAACAGUAGUUCCCUCAAUUUCUUAUCACUCGAUCAUACAAAUUUUUCAGGAGAAUUACCUGAUUUUAUCGGCAGUCUAAAGUCCUUAGAGUAUUUGUAUCUCUCUGCUUGCAAUUUUAUAGGGGCAAUUCCAACAUCGAUUGGAAACCUCACUCAAAUUAUUAAUUUGGAUUUGUCAUAUAAUAGUUUCAACGGUUUGCUACCAUUGUCAAUAUUUGACUUGCCAAAUCUCUCCGGUUUAUUCCUUGAGCACAAUCAACUUGUUGGUCCCCUUCCUAAUCACCUGGUUGGUGUUGUUGCUAUUGAAAUAAUUGGUGCACAGUUUCUGCUUUGCUUAGCAUAAAAUGCCCAGUAAUGUGCAAGGUUGGUACCUCUGAUGUUUUGGAACAUAUCAAUAACUUUUGUGCUCUUGAAUAGUUCAAGGCCUCUGUGUAGACACAAUUGUUGGUAUGCAAAAGGUUAAUUUUCUUCCAUGCUUCAGAGGAGGAUUUGGAGCUUUUUUGUGGAUCUAUAGGGGAGGUUACAGAGGUUAGCUCCAUUUCUAUAUAAUGCAAUCUUCUAAGUGGCUUUUGUGAAGAUUUAUAUCAAUGCCACUUUGUUCUGUGCCAACAGGUUCGGAUUGUGAAAGGCAAAGAUUCUGGUGAGAACAAGGGCUUUGCAUUUGUGACCUUUAGAAGUGCAGAAUUAACUUCUAAAGCCUUUGAUGAGCUGAAUAACACUGAAUUCAAUGUAACAUAGUCUUUUGUGCAUCAUUUAUUAUUGCCUUUUUCCCCGCAUAGGCUGAGGACUUAACGGCAAGUUGAAUAUUGAAUUUGAUGUAAAAUUAUUAUUGUUAGCUAAAAGAUUAAUGUGAGUAUUCCUUAGAACUUUUUUAAGGUUUCUAUUAUUAUUAUUAUUGUGGCCAUUUGCUGUUAUUUAUGAAUGCUGCAAUUGUUGAAUGCUUUUGUGUAAACUCUUUCUCUCCUGGUUAAAAAAAUAAAAUGUUCAACAUCACAAGCAAAGCACCGUUUGUUCAUUGGUAAUGUUCCUAGAAGCUGGGGAGAGCAGGAUCUAAGGAAGGUUGUCCUGGAGGUUGGGCCUGGAGUUAUACUGCUGUGGAACUUGUUAAGGAAGAAUGUCAAACAAAAGAAGGUUAAGACUAAAAGAGAAGAAAACAUAUACACCUUUCCCUCCUCCACAACAACCUAGCAAGAAUUCAUCAUAACUUUGAAAAAGAAAUCAUCAAAGAAGUGGCAAGAGAAACAGGAGAAGCAGAUAGAGAAAACCACAGAAAACAAAAGAAAAAGAGAUUGUGCAUUUAUUCCCCCAGAGGUUGUAUUCUAAGGUGCUUUAUACUCAAUCGUCUUCAUAAUAUUGCUGAUGAACUUCAAGUCAAAUGGCUCCUCUUAGUGUUUCCAACAGAGAAAUCCAAGGAACCAAGAAAGAUGGAUACAAAAUCUAAGGAUGAUAACAAAGAUAUGGGUCAUAUGGUAGCCAUGGCCAUGUCUCUGAAG